UUUGCUGGUUAAUCGUUAAUCUGAUUUCAGUGAAAUUUUGUUAUAAUUAUUUGAUUUUAUGUAAAAAAAAUUGGUCAUAAUUUUUAAAUAGCUCGAGACCUGAAAUAUUGAAGUUGUAAGCUAUGUCAUUUAUAAUCAAACGUACUACUUGUCGUUUAUCACAGAAUGAAAAACCAUAUGAGCUCAUAGAACCCUAAAAACUGCAACCCAAAUUGCCAUCUCACCAACUGUUCGUCGAAAUUCCUCAAAGACAGAAACCCCAUUUACAGGGUAGGAUAUGGGCAAGAGAGGAGGGGCCAGAAGGGUACCAAAUUCGUCAUUUGGAUCCAACAAUGCCAUAUCGCUCAGAGAAGAAACGACAGGAAAAAAGCAGCACCAGAAGAAAGGAGCGUCCUCCUCUUCCAACGUCAAGCAUAUAUUGAAGGUUGAGCACAUAGAGAAGCUUGCGGUAUUGGCUGGUGAGGAGGCUUCUGUGCCUUCUUUGGCUGCGUUCUUCGGCCAAAGAUUGGCUUCCGUUGGGGAGUCUUUGGGUGUUUCUCCUAACACUUCUCUGUUUUCUUGCCGGAGAUGUGAAACAAUUCUUCAGCCUGGCUUCAACUGCACAAUUAGAAUUGAGAAAAAUAAUGCAAAGGCACGGCGAAGAAGUAAGAACCAUUUUACUUCCGCUAAGAAUAUCGUGGUUCAUACUUGCCACUUCUGUUCAUAUAGGAAUUUGAUGGGAGGUACACCAAAAGGACAUCUAAAACAAAUUUGCCCAUCUAAGAUCAAAACCACUGAAAAAGCAAAAUCCUCUAAAUCGAAUUCUCGUAAGCCUGCUAGCUUAGAGAAGGCUAGUGGAGCUAAAGAUGAGGUUAGGAAAUUGGGUGAGCCAGCUUUACUGCCAUUACCGGCAACAUCUGGAGAGUUUCCUAUUACUGACAGUCCUGCAACACCUAUGGUGAAAACUGUGACUACUCUGUUGGAAGCAAAUAAGAGAAAGAGGAACAGAUCAACGAAUAAGAAACUAUCUGAAUCUGAAAGUAGUUCUAACCCUACUAAUGCAGAAAAAUCAAUCAGAUUAUCGAGCAAACGAAGGAAAAAAGCAUGGACUACUUUAAAGGAAUUUGCUGAUAGCAAAGAUCAGAGUAAGAAGAACGAAGACAUAGCUAAUUUGCCAAUUCCUUUCUUUUUGUAAUUGUGACUUUGAGGAUAGAAGAUUUGAAAUUCUUCUGAAUUUUGUAGACUACAUUUUGAUGAGAUUUUUUAAUUUAUGGUUUAGAUAGAAUGAGAAUGAGUCACUAAAGUUGUACAUAAGUUUUAGAUGAUUGCGUUUUGUAAAUUCUACAUUACUGACCAUUCAAGAAAAAUAGAUUUAAUAUCAAGAAUGAAGUUGUGUCUUUGUUAUCUUGGCUGAACGAUUGUCAUUGAAUUGUCCCAUUUUCAGCUA